AUGGCGGACGAAAGCCUACACGUACCGGACACUAGCAUCGAUUUCCAUAUCGUACAGCUGUUCGAGCGGCUCGAGGCGAUGCGCAAGGAACCGGGCCAGAAGCUGUCCCGCUCGCUGCAAGGCCGCAUCAACAUGCAUACCGAGCUGCGCAGUCUGGAGCUUUGGAGGUCUAUUACGUGCGAAAGUUUAGCGUCGUUCUUCUACGUCUUUAUCGUGUGCGGUGCAGCUGCCGGUGCGGGCGUUGGGGCGAGUGUGUCCUCGGUUCUGUUGGCCACCGCCCUUUCCUCGGGUUUUUCCAUGAUUGCCUUGACGCAGUGUUUUUUGCACAUUUCUGGUGCCCACAUUAACCCGGCCGUCUCGAUCGGGAUGCUUGUCUCGCGCCAAAUUUCACCCCUUCGUGCGUUGCUGUACAUCGUGGCCCAAAGUGGAGGAUCGAUUGCUGGAGCAGCCCUGCUGUACGGUGUCACCGUGCCCGGUUAUCAGGGUAAUCUGCAAGCGGCCGUUUCCCACAGCUCAUCCCUAGCCGCCUGGGAGCGAUUUGGCGUCGAGUUUAUCCUGACGUUUGUCGUCGUCCUGGCGUACCUCAUCUCGACCAGCUCGUUCAAGAAGUACUUCGGUUCGUCCGCGAUCGCCAUCGGGGCGGCUUACAGUGCGUGCAGCUUCGUAUCGAUGCCCUAUUUAAAUCCGGCCCGAUCACUCGGUCCUUCGUUUGUGCUCAACAAAUGGGACAAUCACUGGGUGUACUGGGUAGGGCCGCUGGUUGGCGGUGCCGUGUCCGGUGUGCUGCACGAGUUCAUCUUCAGCGCCAAGCGUUCGUCGAAGCGUGCGAAGGACGAUGUCGACUCGAGCCUCAACUCCGAGGACGACAUCAACUAUGACAUGGACCUGGAGAAACCUCAACAACAGCCACCGCAUCCGGGCAAGUAUCACCAGUACCGGCCACCGAGUGGUACCCUGACCGGAAGCCAGCAACGUUACUGCCAAAGUAUCUACACUGCCGAACCGACCUCGAAGGUGGAACGGGUGGAACCGAUCUACGGUGGCACGAAGUCGAUGUACUGCAAGUCACCACCGUUGACGCGAGCCAACCUGAAUCGUUCACAGUCGGUGUACGCCAAAAGUAACACCGCACUGAACCGUGAACUGCCCGUGCGUGCCGGACCGCUCGUACCAGCACAGAGCCUUUACCCGCUGCGAGUAUCUGCCGCACCCCAGACGCACCUCCAGAACCAGAACGUGCAGAACCAGCUGCAGCAGCGGUCGGACAGUAUAUACGGUAUCCGCAGCUCGAUGCGACAACCGGCACCCACCGAUGGCCGGAUGGCGGCCUCCCAAAUGCCACCACAGAUGGCACCACUAGGGGAUGGUCAGGGCUUCCAGCCGAUCUACGGCUCGCGCAACAAUCCCAACUGCUCCACCGAUGCGCUCAAGUUCGAUCGCGAUCCCAACAGCCGCGAUGAUACGCUGAACUCCAAGUUCUCCCGCGGCAACGGAACGAACCGGCCCGAAUCGAUGUACGGUGGUGCUGGGCAACGGCGCAUCCAUUCGGCCCAGUCGGACGAUAGCUCGUACGGUUCGUACCACGGUCCUGGACCGGCACUAACGCCACCGACACGGAAUGCCAGCAACAGUAGCAGCACCUACAACCCGGUCGUAGGUACCGUGCUGCCAAACUACGAACGGAAGACAUCCUCAUCGUCAUCGUCGAACCAACAGCAGCAGCAGCAGCAGCAGCAGCAACAAUCUCAGCAGUCACGUGGUGCUGGUCAGAAUGGGUCUAGCAUACAGUGCACAAGUCUACCACCUCCACCACCACCACUACACCAUACGAUGCCAUACUCCAUGCAUCCCGUGAGACAGAAUUAG